AUGCGUUCAAAGGCUCGCGGUACUCCCCGCGACGCCGCCUUGGCAAAUCAGGCCGAUGUUAUCGUCAACGCCGUCAACUCCUUCCACAUCCGUCUUGCCGUAUCUGGAACCUCCUGUGAUAAAUACCCAGCCAAACAGCACGCGCGCAAUGUUGCCCGCAAACUUGGAGUGUCGCAUGGCCUGAUUUUCAUCGCUGGUCAGCCCACGGUCAAUUGGCGCGAUUCCGACCAAUCGCGCCCAUUCCGCCAGCGUCGAUACUUCUACUAUCUGAGUGGCGUGGACGAGCCCGACUGCACUCUGACAUACGAUAUCGGCCUGGAUGUUUUGACCCUCUAUGUACCGGACUUCGAUCUCCAUCGGGCCAUUUGGAUGGGCCCGACCUUGUCGCGAGAGGAUGCUCAGGAUCGAUACGAUGUUGAUCGAGUAGUGUACGGGUCGUCGCUCAAGCCUGAGCUUCUCUCUUGGCUGAGUGAACGAGUUCAAAGCAGCUUGCUGUAUAUGGUUCAUGAGUCGGAGACACCGGAGGGACUGCCUGCUGAGCUGCCGCUGGAUGCCAAGCAGCUAAUGCCAGCUAUGGAUGCAGCUCGAGGUGUCAAAGACGAGUAUGAGAUUCGCAUGAUCCGCCAGGCCAAUAAAGUGUCGGGUCUGGCGCAUCGCAAAAUCCUUGAAAACAUCCAAAAGAUGACCAACGAGUCCCAAAUUGAGGGCUCCUUCCUUGAUACCUGCAUCUCCAACGGUGCUCCUAAUCAAGCAUAUCAAAUCAUCGCCGCAUCGGGGCCUAACGCGGCAGUCCUCCACUACGACCGAAACAACGAGUCUCUCAAGAACAAGCCUCUCGUGUGUCUCGAUGCCGGCGCUGAGUGGCAAUGCUAUGCUAGCGAUGUGACGCGGACCUUCCCACUUUCAGGCGAGUGGCCAAGCAAGUACGCUCGGGACAUCUACCGUGUAGUCGAGCGCAUGCAAGAGGAAUGCAUCAAGCGGAUCCGCAGAGGAACGCGCUUCCUAUCUCUACACGACUUGGCCCAUGAAAUCGCCAUCAUCGAACUCCUACAUCUCGGCGUCUUCAAGGACGGCAGUCUCUCCGAAAUCAGAGCGUCGGGUGCGUCCAAGGUCUUCUUCCCUCACGGUCUGGGCCACCACGUCGGUCUCGAAGUUCACGAUGUAUCCGACUCGUCGAUUAUGGCUUUGCAUCCGGGCCUUGACCAGGAUCAGUAUGGCUCAGUCCUGAACCCUGCUAUUAGCAUGGCACCUUGCACACUAUCUGCCCCGUUGCUGGAAGAGGGGAUGGUGGUUACCGUGGAACCGGGAAUUUACUUCUCGCCGCUUGCUCUUGCGAACGCACGCAAACAAUCGUAUGCAAAGUACAUCGACUUUGACGUUGCUGAGAAAUAUGUCCAUAUCGGUGGUGUGCGUAUCGAGGAUGAUAUUCUUGUCACUGCCAGUGGCUAUGAGAAUCUCACUACUGCUCCGAAGGGGGAGGAGAUGCUUGCUGUGAUUCGGGGGUCUGCAUCGUAA